AUUUUCCAGUAUAGGAUAAAUUGAUAAUUUUUUUAUUGAAUAUUUGUUUUUUUAAUUAUAAUUCGAUUUUUACAACUUAAUUACAAUAAUAGAUACAUAUUUAUCCGGCACAUUUAUUCAGCAGAUUAUUUACAGCUAUUAUACAGAUCAUGGCAGCAAUCAUCAAAAUGCUGAAACUAUUUCUUUUAAUCACUACAUUAAUGACGUUGGUGAGAUCCGAGCUCGACUUCGAAUGGAUGUGCGAAGGGAGCGAUAAAAGAGUCAAUUGCAGUGCCUUACCUCAGUUUGCAGACUUUCUCUCAACAAUUUCUGAUAACCUUGAUAAUUCCGAAUACUCAGACUACAGCUAUUGUCCGUUCAAAAUUGCAGAUCGGUACUCCGAAUGUAUAAUUUCAUAUUAUAAUAAUUGUUAUACAAGUAUAACGGAGGAUGAAAAGAUCGUCUUUUUGAUGAAUAUGCCACUGAUUGGUAACUCAAAGACUCUCUGCGCCAAAGACAAGCCUUACAAAAAGGAAUUCCGAAAACACUUAUCAUGUAUGAAGGCGCUUAGUCACGACGACUUACAUCCCAAAAUACUGCUAAAACAGGUUAAAGAAUAUCUAGCAGAGCAACAAUUGCAAUAUCAAACGAAGAGUGAAGAUGACUUGGAACAUAAACCGACGAUGAACGAUCAAAUAGAGCUGCGGUACCUGCGUGAGGUGACUUUUGAGAAAUGCCAAAUACGCUCAGAGUAUAUACGGUUAUUAUAUAUACUAAUUCAAAGCCAAUGCGGAUUGAAGACUGAAAAGUUUUUCCGCCAAUUGUACAGCAACGUUUGGCCAAUGCCCGCAAUAAUGAAAAAUUGUGACAAACAAAUUUAUUAUAGAAUAUGAUGUGAUGUACGAUCCAAACCAAAUAUUUCAAAUUAUCAACGACGGCUGCAAGUCAUUAAUUUUUUAAUUUAUAUAAUUGCGUUACCGCUUAUUAAUUUACAUUUACAGAUUAUUAAUGCAAAUUUUAUUGUACUGGUUUAUUUUUUUUAUUUUGUAACACGUUUUAUUAUUAUAACUAGAUUACAUAAUAUAUUAUAGAUAAAUAUUGAUUGCAGUCAAUCCAAAUAAGUAUAAUUUGUUAGUAACUGUCUACCUCACUUGCCGUCAUAAAUUGAUGCAAUUUUAUUAUCAUAAUUAUAGUAUUUAAUAAAGUUUCUUCUUUGAAAAAUA